ACUUCGUCGAGAAGUUCCGCGAUGCUAUCAAGAAGCACAUGUACACUAACGCACGAUAGUUAACCAUCCGAUUUCCAUAUGGAUUCAUGGUUGUGCAUAAUUAUAAGCAAAGCAGGACUAUCUAUAGACGCCCGAUACACUUCUCUUUCACCAUCACAGGAACAAUCAAGCAUAUUCUAGUCAAGAAAUUUCACAUGGGGCCAAAGGCGGAGGAGUAUCGGGUGUACCCUGUAUCUAUCCCAGUUCGACUCGGCUUCGUGGUCUGGUUAAGGAGGGUCUCUCCGAAACAAGCUCACUCGCUAGAUCCAUUAGCUCAUCGAGAACUCAUGAAUCCUCGCACCAUAUACUCUACUUUCAUCACAUUCUUCAGGAAAAUCCCUUUCCCUUUCUCAAAGCCGAUGCCUGGCUAGAUUAGUACAUAGAAGGAGUACUUCGAUGCAUACUUAUUGGGAGGACAGACCUUCAUAGAAGGGAAGAGAAGAGAGAAUGAGAGGGGUAAGGAUAUCCCCCCAUGCCG